GCAUGCGCCUCGGUGGCCGGCUUGAACCGAGGCUUUUAUUGCUGUAGUUUAUUUCCACCUCCUUCCCUCCUGUUCUCUCUCCCUCUUUCUCUGUCUCUCUCUCUCUCUUUAUUAUUUUUCCGCCCUAGCUGGGGCUGUGUUGGAGAAGAGGAAGAAAGAGAGACUGACGAUUACAUUUGUCCCUUAACGUUCCUGAAAUUUGCUGCUAGGAAGACCAGCUAAGCGGUUGCACCGUUUUCAGUUCUGCAGGAAAAAACAAAAAACAAACCCAAGUCCCCUUCCUGGCAAUUUUUGCUUAAAAGCUGCCUUCUUGAAAUUAUUUUUUUCCCAGGAGAGAGAUGUCUUAUCAGGGGAAGAAAAAUAUUCCACGCAUCACGAGUGAUCGUCUUCUGAUCAAAGGAGGUAAAAUUGUUAAUGAUGACCAGUCGUUCUAUGCAGACAUAUACAUGGAAGAUGGGUUGAUCAAGCAAAUAGGAGAAAACCUGAUUGUUCCAGGAGGGGUGAAGACCAUUGAAGCCCAUUCCAGGAUGGUGAUUCCGGGCGGAAUUGAUGUCCAUACACGUUUCCAGAUGCCUGACCAGGGGAUGACAUCCGCUGAUGACUUCUUCCAAGGAACCAAGGCAUCCCUGGCCGGAGGAACCACCAUGAUCAUUGACCAUGUCGUUCCUGAGCCUGGGACAAGCCUGCUGUCUGCGUUUGACCAGUGGCGGGAAUGGGCCGACAGCAAGUCCUGCUGUGACUACUCUCUGCAUGUGGACAUCACGGAGUGGCACAAAGGCAUCCAGGAGGAGAUGGAAGCUCUGGUGAAGGACCACGGGGUAAAUUCCUUCCUCGUGUACAUGGCUUUCAAAGAUCGCUUCCAGCUAACGGAUUCCCAGAUAUAUGAAGUGCUAAGCGUGAUCCGGGAUAUUGGUGCCAUAGCCCAAGUCCACGCAGAAAACGGUGACAUCAUUGCAGAGGAACAGCAGAGGAUCCUGGAUAUGGGCAUCACAGGCCCGGAGGGACACGUGCUGAGCCGGCCCGAGGAGGUGGAGGCCGAGGCUGUAAACCGUGCCAUCACCAUCGCCAACCAGACCAACUGCCCCCUGUAUGUCACCAAGGUGAUGAGCAAGAGCUCGGCCGAGGUCAUCGCCCAGGCCCGGAAGAAGGGAACCGUUGUGUAUGGCGAGCCCAUCACCGCCAGCUUGGGAACCGAUGGCUCCCACUACUGGAGCAAGAACUGGGCCAAGGCCGCGGCCUUCGUCACCUCGCCACCCUUGAGCCCUGAUCCGACCACUCCAGACUUUCUCAACUCCUUGCUGUCCUGUGGAGACCUCCAGGUCACUGGCAGCGCCCACUGUACUUUCAACACUGCCCAGAAGGCUGUGGGGAAGGACAACUUCACCCUGAUCCCCGAGGGCACCAAUGGCACCGAGGAGCGGAUGUCCAUCAUCUGGGAUAAGGCCGUGGUCACUGGGAAGAUGGAUGAGAACCAGUUUGUGGCCGUGACCAGCACCAACGCAGCGAAAGUCUUCAAUCUUUACCCCCGGAAAGGCCGCAUUGCCGUGGGAUCUGAUGCCGACCUGGUCAUCUGGGACCCUGAUAGCGUUAAAACCAUCUCUGCCAAGACACACAACAGUUCUCUUGAGUACAACAUCUUCGAAGGCAUGGAGUGCCGUGGCUCUCCACUGGUGGUCAUUAGCCAGGGGAAGAUUGUCCUGGAGGAUGGCACCCUGCAUGUCACCGAAGGCUCUGGGCGCUACAUCCCCCGGAAACCCUUCCCUGAUUUUGUUUAUAAGCGUAUCAAGGCAAGGAGCAGGCUGGCGGAGCUGAGAGGCGUUCCUCGUGGCCUGUACGACGGACCUGUGUGUGAGGUGUCUGUGACGCCCAAGACAGUCACUCCAGCCUCCUCAGCUAAGACGUCUCCUGCCAAGCAGCAGGCCCCACCUGUCCGGAACCUGCACCAGUCUGGAUUCAGCUUGUCUGGCGCUCAGAUCGAUGACAACAUUCCCCGCCGCACCACCCAGCGCAUCGUGGCUCCCCCUGGUGGCCGUGCCAACAUCACCAGCCUGGGCUAGAGCUUCCUGCCUCGCCCUGCACUUGGGGAUGGGGGAUGGGACACCUGAGGACAUUCUGAGACUUCCUUCCUUCCUUUUUUUUUUUGUUUAAGAGCCUGUGAUAGUUACUGUGGGGCAACCAGUUCACGGGGACCCCCUCUUUGGGCCCCGCACUCCGUCUCUCACCGAGAGUUACUGAUUUUGCUCCCCCACUUCCCUCCACAUCUACGAAUAUCACACCCCAGUCUGUCCACCAAGCUCACACACGGAACUGCAUCCAACACUCAGACAUGCGAAACAGAGAAAAUCACGAGGGUGUUCUUCAUCUCGAGCCUCCGUCGUGCUCCUUAGUUUCUUCCUUUUCGUGGGUGGGGAAGAUGAAGUGAAUUGCCCAGAGCUGCCUUUUUCUUUUCUUUUUAAAUUUUUUUAAAAGAGUUUUCUUCGUGGGGCUGGGGAGGGGUUCAGGGGGGUGGGGUGGGGGAGAUUCUUUUUUAAUACUAAAUUGGAAAAUCUAAUUCAUUAUUAAUACAAGGGGUUUGAACUGGACAUCCUAAUGAUGCAAUUAUGUAACCGUCAAGCUGAUUCAGGAUGGUUGGCAAGCUCGCGUCCAUCCUGAGAGGCUCCAAAACGUCCACAUAAUAGCCAUUCCAUAGCCUUCUGGGUCAACUGUUGAUAAAGGGCAGGCUUGCUUUUUUGUCCUAGAUUUUUGUUGCAAAUUAAAUCUUUUGAGGUGAAAUCUCUUCACCAUUUUUCUGCUCUUUCUCUCUUUUUCUUUAGCUCAUGAAUAUUUUCAACUGUCUCUCUCUCUCUUUGUGUCUUCUCCGGCCCUUGUCUCCGAGACAGUGUUUUUUCCCACCUUCCUCUCUUGUCUUUUCAGAUUGCCAGGUCUGCCAUUUGGAUGUGGCCAUAGGACCCACCCGAGGCAUUUGAGUGUUGCUUUUGCAACCAUAGUCAUGUGUUGUCCUAGCCUGUGUAAGACUGGUGCUACCCACCCCAUCUCUAGAUGUGUGUCAGAGGUGGAGACUCUUGCCAGGUGCAGGGAUGGACUGAGCCGUGUCACCCAUGGUAUCACGCGUGGGCCCGGCAUGGACCCCAAAACAGUGCUGAGAAGUCAAAGAAGUCUGAGGCUGAGGAACAGGGGAGUUUCUCUUCUGUGCGGUGCUGGCUGGCUAAAGACACAGUCAAACCUGUAAAUCGAGCCCUGUUUGCCCAAGCGAGCCAACCAAAGGCAGCCAAGAGCUCAGCAGUGCUAAGCUAGUGGGAAUCUGGCCGGAGCACCUGCUUAUCUUUGGGGGAUUCCAGAACACAACUGGGGCUUCUCACCUUCGGGGGAAAAGAGAAUCUAUUAUUUUUUUCUCAUCCAAUUAUUUCAAGAGAUGUAAUGCAAUAUAGCGAGGCCCUAUGCAGUCAGAAAACCACUGGGAAAUUUGACUUCAAGUCCAUUUUACUUUAUAAGAGGGAAAACAAAUCUGGUUUGUGAAUGACACAUCACGUCAGAGCAGUCAGGAGGAGAAAAACCUUACAAAUGAAACAAGUGGCUCCCUAGAGACCACAGGUGGCCUCACGUCUCUAUCCCACCCUCUCCUUGUCUUGCUGACUAGCUGGCCAUUUGUGCCUGUCCCUGUCCUUGCUGACUCGUGUCACAUUUCAUUCCAGACGUGUUUACAGGUUCUCUUAAGCAAUGUUACGUUUGCAGGCUUUUCUAAAACCAAAUCUGCUUUCGUAAAGCACAACAUCAAAAAAAGUAGGGCAUGACAUCAUUUCCCCUCCUCUCUUCACACGUUUUGCCUUUGGGGUUAUGGUUGGGGGUUCGGGUUUUUGUUGUUGUCAUUUAUUUGUUAUUUUAAAGGUAAAUUGCACUUUUUUAAAAAAAAAAUAAUUGGUUGACUUAAUAUAUUUGCUUUUUAUUUUUCUCACCUGCACUCACAGGAAAUUUGAACAAGUUGGAAACAAGUAAUUUUGUUUCAAUUCUAAGGAACAAUUGCAGCUCUUUAGUAUUCACUUGAGUCUUCCCGUUUGUCCUGUUCAAGGUCAUGGUCAUUUUGGUUGUUUUGAUUGUUUUCUUCAAAAACAAUUUGAAACCUGACGAUUCCUGCAGGCUGUGUAAGCAUGUUUACCUGUUGGCUUGCUUUUUGUGUCUGUUAAAUGAAUGUCACAUGUAAACUGCUAAAAUAAAUCGACAGUGUCUCAGAACUGAGUUAACUGCGGUGACUUGAUGCUCUAAAACAGUGUAGGAUUUAAGAAUAGAUGGUUUUUAAUCCUUGAAAUUGUGAUUGUGACCCAAGAGUGGAGGAACUUUCAGUUCUCAAGCUGAUAAAGUGUGUAGCCAGAAGAGUACUUUUUUUUUUUUUGUAACCACUGUCUUAAUGGCAAAAUAAUUAUGGUAAAAAACAAGUCUCGUGUUUAUUAUUCCUUAAAAGCUCUGUGUUAUAUUACCAUGGAACGCCUAAUAAAGCAAAAUGUGGUUGUUUC